UGCGUAUGUGUGUUCCUGUGUGUGUCCCCUCCCACCCCCCAGGUAAAGGGGACCUGAUCGGCAGUGACUCCCUGACCAAGAAGCAGGUGAUUAAGACCAAUGCCAACGUGAAGGCUCUGACCUACUGUGACCUGCAGUACAUCAGUCUGAAGGGGCUGAGGGAGGUGCUCCGGCUCUACCCAGAGUACGCCCAGAAGUUCAUCUCUGAGAUACAACAUGAUCUGACCUAUAACCUCAGAGAGGGUCACGGAGCUGACGUGGACUGGGAGAGUAAUGGAAGUCUGGUGAAGAAGCUGUCUUCCAUUAAGGAGGAUGAGGAGGGUGAUGAAGAGCAGAGCUCUGUGUCGCGUGCCCCCCGUUCCCCUCGACGUCUGACAAGGGUUCUCAACUCGCCCCUGCGUUCGCCCCUGCUGCACCCUCGGCCCUUCCGCCCCCCCUCAGAACACACUCGCCCCGCCACCCUGCAGAUACCUGUGGUCAGCUUAAGCAAUGCACCGCCGGAGCUUAGUCCAAGGUUUGUGGAUGGUAUUGAGACAGAGAGCAGUGUGAACUCAUCCCAGAAGUUUGAGUUUAGCUCCAGUCUGCUACACAGUGGUCAACCAUCCCCAGGACUAGGGCUCCAGGAGAAGUCAGAGAUCAAGCAGAGUAUUUCUAAGCUGAGUGACGAGAUGAGCGCUCUCUCCCAGCAAGUCUCUCAUCUCAGCCAGGAGCUAAAGGAAAUUACUCGCCUGCUCCGGCCCCUCCUCCUCGUGGCACCUCAGCCAAUCCUGACGGCCAUGACGCCCAUCCUGACUCCACCCCCCAGCAGUGCCAGCCAACCGUCCUCCAACACACCUCUGGUGGUCCCACCUCCAGCCCCACCCUGCUCCCCAUCGCCCCACCUCCAACGAACGCAGUCCUGCUCGCUAUUGGACAUGGACAGUGCUGACACGGGGAGCGUGGGCCUGCCAAGUUGCCUCCUCCCAACCCCCCCUCCACAGAGGCCUCCAGCCCAGAACCAGACCCAGUCUCCAAUCUCCCCAGAGAGAAGUUCCAAGGACUUAUCAAACUCCAACCCCCCUUCCCCUGGGACAGGAGACAUAGAGGGGUCACCCCACCUCUCCAACCACUCCAACAACCACACUACCUCCAGCAACGGUUUCCUUCCCUCUGCCCAGGACCGAUGUACCCUAGCCUCCAGCACCACGUCCCCCUCCCUCUCCUUGUCUCUCUCCUCCUCCCCCUCCUGCUCUCCCUGCCAGGGCCCCCAUCACUUGCGAUCUGGCAGUCACAGCAGGUGCCUGCUCCCCCCGCACCCCUCCCAGGACAACACGCCCCCCCCUUCCUCCCAUUGCUCCGCUCCCCCGUCAAUCAGCUCCUCGCCUGGAGACCAUAGGCUGAAGUUGGUCUGCCCCUCUUCCUCCUCCACUCCCCUCAUCCCUCCCCUGUCCUGUCCUUACCCCUCAACCCUCUCCCUGGGCCCGUUCACCCUGGACUCUCUGAGGGGGGAGAAGCAGGGGGGCCCCAGACUGGAGGGAGGACACCUGGAGCUGGAGAUGCAGGAGUGGGGAGGAGAGAGGGGGGAGAGACGCUCCCAGAUGAUGGAACACAUCAGCUACAUCGACGAGGAAGGGCCAGCUCUGUGACAGAGAGGCAGAUUACAUGCAAGAAGAAACAGCAGAGGAGACAGAAUGAAGAGGAGAAGAGAGGAGAGUAUGUAGCCUGCUCGUCCAGAAAGCAACAAUGAACCUGUGAGACACAGACAGACAGACAGACAGACAGUUGAAAAGACAGACAGACAGUUGAAAAGACAGACAGACAGUCAGGGGAUCAAAAUAUCUGUAACUGGUGGAAACCAAUAGCAUCACUGAAAAAUAUCCCACCAGGACAGUAGCAAGACACCAAAUCUAACAGUAGUCUGACCAGGUCCUCUGGUCAUGUUCCGGUCAUGUUAAAGCAACACAUCCUCCUCUGUCUAUGGACUUCAUGAUGUCAUAAGUGAAAUGUGCAUCCCUACCCCCUACUCCUCUCCUGGCCAAAUUUGUCCAACCAACCACCCCUUCAUGACAUCACAUAUACAGUAUAUAGGACUGGGAAUGUCAUCUCUUAUUCAACCUCUGUCGUCUGGAUUCAACAUUAUACUUACAUCUAUUGCUUGGAUAUCAAUCGUGGCUGAUUUCAAAUGAGAAAUUUCAUUUAUCUUCAUCUUAAUAUUUCUUCAGAGUUUCUCAUGUUUCUCUGCUACUUGUAAUAUGCUGGUGAUUUGUUACAUACAUCUCCACAAAUUACACACACACUUGCGCUGUGGUCUAACAUUAUGUGACAUCCUAAACGUGUCAAUCCAGCCUACACACCGUCGUUUCACUCCCUCCAACAAGUGACCAUAUUCAACACAAGACAAUCAGUGAGCUUACAAAACACAUGGAACCCACCAAAAUAUGAAGACAACACCGCAGUAGGUCUUGAUAGGGAGAGGGAGCCAGUGUGCCAAAGACAGGCUAGGUUUAGGUUUAGGAAGCCAUGCAUACUGGUGGGUGAGCGGAAUAUUCAGUAAGUCUAUGAGUGUAAACCAGAAUGCCAGAUUGUACAGUGACUGAGUUCCCACAUCAACUCAAGCUUUAGCCAUCCAGCCAUUCGUGCCUUCUCCUUGGAACACACACUGCUAGUCGUACACAUAUCAUAUUGCAAACAUCCAUUCUUUCACAUAUCAUCCACAACUGGUGAUUAUGUUGUGAUUUACAAGCUAUUGACCAUUAUGAACGCUGCACUGUUAUUUAGAAAAGUCACUUAUUUUAUAUACAGUGCUAUGAAAAAUUAUUUGCCCCCUUUCUAAUUUUCUCUACUUUUG